AUUUCUUCCACCUUGUUUCGAACCUGUACAGACUUGGUUGCUCAACUUCACUCUUUAGCGUUCUUAAACAUCCUAAAAUCAUGGCAGAUGCUGGUUUCUUCAAAGGAACCUCGGCCGACCAGGAUCGUCGCUUUUCUGACAAGGAGCUGAAGUUACUGAAAUCGAUGAAAUUUCCGCCAGAAUUUGAUAAAAAGGUAGACAUGCGGAAGGUCAAUCUAGAGGUUAUUCGACCAUGGGUCGUCAAGAAAGUCAUCGAGCUUGUAGGUUUCGAGGAUGAGGUAGUCGUGGAGUAUGCGAUGGGUCUACUAGAAGAUAACCAAGAGCCUACUCCCGACCCACGCAAGAUGCAAAUUAACCUAACAGGCUUCUUGACUAACAACACAGCAGCUUUCAUGUCAGCACUAUGGAAACUUCUUAUUGAAGCGCAAGAAAAUCCAGCAGGUGUACCCCAGACAUUCGUCGAAGAGAAGAAAGCUGAAAUGCGACAGGCACGCGCGAGUGAUACACGUGCGUUGGAGGAGCGAGAUCGACGACAGAGGUUGGAUGAAAUCAGAGCCAGUGAGAGGGAUGGUAGGCGGGGUAGGGGCGGAGGACGAGGGAGAGGUAGAGGAAGAGGUGGAUAUGGGGGAGGCGGAGGUGGAUAUGACGAGGAUAGAGGCGAUAGACGGAGGGAUUCUGGAUGGGGUAGUCGAGGCGGGCGUCCUAAUCGUCGUCCCGGUGUCGAGCGUUCCCCACCCCCACGUCGCCGUUCUAUCUCUCCAGGUUUCAGCACCCGAUCGUCUCGUUCACCAUCCCGUUCACGAUCACCUCGUCGUCGGUUCCGUUCACCAUCUCCCGGAGGCCCACCUGUCAAACGAUCUCCCUCGCGCACACCACCUCUCCGUCAACGUGUUUCUCGUUCACCUCCCCCUCGUGCAGCCAGGCGGUCGCCAUCCCGUUCUAGGUCACGUACACCUCCGCCUUCUCGAAGACGACCCCGAUCGCCUACUUUCUCUCCACGUGAUAGACGAGGCCGUGACAGAGCUAGCAGGAGUCCCCCACCUCGCAGGAGGCGACUCUCGCCCCCUUCGCGGUCUCCACCUCCUUACAGAGGAGGUGGAUAUGGUAGGAGACGCAGCCCGAGUCGAAGCAGGAGUCCACCUCCACCACCGAGAAGACGGCGACGAAGCCCGAGUAGGAGUCGAAGUCGGUCUCCGCCUAGGAGACGUGGUGAUCGCGACAGGGACCGACUAACAAGAGCGAGAUCUCGGUCUAGAAGCUCAAGUCGCACUUUGGAUUCGGAACCUUCAGCCGGCGUUGGAAAGGGUAAGGAGAGGGAAAAAGUUGAAAGAACGGAAGUUGAUGCUGAGAAGGGAAAGGGCAGAGCUGGUGGUGAGGAGUUGAAGAUUAAAGGGCAGGCGGAAGUCGAACGCAAGCGAAGUAAGUGGGAUGAACCACAGGAAGAGUCGCUGCCAGAUCAAACGGACCUGGAGAAGCGCGAAAGUGAGCUCAAGGAGAGGGCUCUGCGAAACAAAGUUGUAAGGACGCGGAAAGGGACCACGAGUGGUGGCGCAAGUGGAAGUGGUUCUCAGUAAAAGCCAUACGUCUUUCCUUCUUCUCUUCUUUGCGCGAUAGAUUACUUAUGUUGUAUCCUCGUUUCUCUUGUUCAGUGCUGCGUCACUACCGUGCUGUGGAUUCUGGAUUCUGGCAUCUCGGUUACUUGCUGGGACGGUUAACAAUCUCACUUAAUGAGAUUGUCGCAAGUGAACUUGGGAUUCACUUGGAUUCACGUUCUCUCACUUGGGUUGGGAAUAACGUGGCGGACGUUCCACCCGCGCCCUCCGACGUGUGCCUUCUACUGUAG